AUGGCCGAUGAAGCCAAUGGUGAUAAGCGGGCCACGGACUCUCACACCAUUGUGAAUACCUCCGCAUCUCAACACGCCCGCGAUGCCGCCGCCGAGUUCCUGCACAAGAAUCCACAGAGUCGUAUCAUAAUCAAUCCCGCAGACGACAAGCGUCUGCUGCAACGUAUUGAUCUCGUCAUCUUACCCAUCAUGUUGACCGUCUAUUUUCUCCAAGCCCUCGACAAAGCCACCCUGGCAUACGCAUCGGUCUUUUGCCUAAUCGACCACACCGGUAGUACUGUGUAUCUCGCCCAGCUACUUAUGCAGCUUCCGAUGGCAUGGCUGCUGGUGCGACUGCCUAUUGCCAAGUUUAACGACUUUGGGCGUCUUCUGGCGACGAGAUUAUUCUUCGGCGCAUUUGAGGCCAGUGUCGCGCCUAGAUUCAUUGCUAUUAUGCAGACGUGUUUAAUCACCUAUGGCUUGGGGCAUACAGUGUCCCACUUGCACUCCUACCAGAUCAUAUUAAUAUUCUUCGGUGUCAUCACCGUCACCUUAUCGUUCGUCAUGUUGACCUUCACGCCUGACUCGCUAGUUGAAGCCAAUUCUCUCAAGGACAACGACAAGCUCAUUGCGGUUGAGAGGCUGAGGAUGAACCAAAUGGGUGUCGUUUCCAUUCCCUUCGGUGGGAUCUCCACCAUUGAACCUCUCGUCGUUAAGACUUGCGGCUUUGACAACUUCCAAACCAUUUUGUUCAACAUCCCGUUCGGGGCCGUACAUUUGGUUACCACAGUCGGAGAGGUAUUUCUGGCCCAGAAGCUCAAGAAAAUAGGGUCAUUCAUUGCAUUAUUGUGCAUACCCUCGAUAGUCAGCUGCGCGGUUCUCGUGGUGUUGCCUCACGAGGCUUCUCACAGGGUCCCCUUCUAUUCGGCCCCUUUGAUUUACUCGCGGUCUGCACAAAACACCCCUGGUGACACCAAGCCCAAAUGCAUCAACGCGGUGCUCUUCAUCGGACAUUCCACCGGCAAUGUGGUUGGUCCCCUCUUGUAUAGACAGAAGGAAGCGCCAUCGUAUAGUCCGGGUCUCAAGUCGAACCUCGCCCUCUAUGUCGUCAUAAUCGUAUUAGUCGUUGUGACCACACUAUUUACCAUUACUAGUGAUGCGGAUGGGUUGCCUGAGGGUGAGCGGGCGUUUGAAAACUUGUUGGAUUUGCAGAGUGGGGAGUUUGUUUUCGUUGUUUAA